AUUUUGAAAAAUGAAGAAAGAAGGCGUGAAGCCAACUACGCAGCAGGCAUCGAGUUAAAUAUUGCAACAAUCUCUUGAACAUCAAUAUUUAAAGCAUGUUGUUUUAGGCGUUACACGACAAAACCUUUAUAUUAGCUACAUAAUUUAAUUAUUUUAAACUAAAGUGAAUGACGAUGAGUUUUUUAGUAGUAAGAUUCUGCAGGACGACAAAUAAUGUGCAGCACAUAUUAAAACGUGUACUUGUCAGAUUGCCGCAACAGAUAGCCGCGUCACACACACAAAGUUCAGUUUACCAAACAAAUCGAUGUCCUGGAUCGCAGUGGAUAUUGUGUCACAAUCGAUCUCUUCAUACCGGGGCUCAAUUCUGCAGUAAGGACCAUGGAAAGAAGGGCACAGAUAAUGUGUCAGUUUCCAAAACUUCAUAUACACCAACUUCUACUGUAGCACAGAAAGCUAAACAGGCUGGCAAAGAUUUCACAUAUUUGAUUGUGGUGCUCAUUGGACUUGGAGUUACAGGUGGACUGCUGUAUGUGGUCUUUCAAGAGCUAUUUUCCUCAUCAAGUCCAAACAAAAUCUAUGGAAAAGCUUUUGAGAAGUGCAGAUCUCACCCAGAGGUUAUUGGAGCUUUUGGUGAGCCUAUCAAAUGCUUUGGAAAGACCAGUGGACGUGGCAGAAGACAACAUAUCAAUCAUUUUGAGUACAUAAAGAAUGGACUGAAACACAUGAGGCUUACAUUUUACAUUGAGGGAUCUGAACCAGGCUUACGGGGAACUGUUUAUUCAGAAUCAAAGGAGAAUCCAGAGACAGGAAAGUAUGAAUUCAGGUAUAUUUUUGUAGAGAUAGACACUUAUCCCAAGAGGACAAUCGUCAUUGAAGACAACAGAUCAGGAUGAUGUUUUACACACAUGUUGGCAAUUUCAAUGACAGACAUUGAAACUAGUAUUUGUAAAUAGUUUUUUUCCUGUAUGUCGUUACACCAAACAUGGAUUUAACCUGCUUGGGUUUUGAUCAUCACAACAUUAUGUUGACUAAUCUGUGCAGGAACUGAAUUGUAAAUCUAAGGUUCUAGACAUAUGGGUGCUAAUAUUGAAACAUUUUGUGUCUUGUAAAAGGUUGGCAUGUUUGAAUUAUAUAAUCUGUGUUUAGAAAUAAAGUUGGAGAAUGCAGUUCAUUUAGAAAUAAAUACAUGUUAAUAAAUGCAUUUUU